CUCCCUUCUCCGCCGUCUCCUCCCAAGUUCCCUCCCAAAUCCCCCAUUUCAAAAAAGGGAAACCAAAUUUCUCGGCGAGGAGGAAAAGAAUCCUGCAAUGGAGAGCAAAGCAGAGGCGUUGGCUGCGGCGGCUGCGGCGGCGGCCGCGGCAGCAUCGGCGGCUUCUACCGGAGGAGGACACGCGUGCGGCGGAUGGGAGACGCCGAAGCGGGAGGAGUGCCGCAUCCCGGCGACGCUGCCCUGCCCCGCGGCGCCGAGGAAGGCCGUGCCGGACUUCGGGAAGAGGCGCGGCCCGCCCAAGAACGGCUACUUCCAGCCCCCCGACCUCGAGGCCCUCUUCGCGCUCGCGCCGCGCCGCCAGGCCUCCUCGUGCGCUUGAUUUUGAAGCUUCGGCUGCGGCGGCGGCGGCGGGGAGCUCUGGUCUAGAUUAAUUUUGGGAUCUGUAGAUACUUCGCUAUGUUUCUCUUCUGUUGUACUCUAGGUAUUAGUAGUGGAUUAGGGAUGGGCAAGAGGAGGGUUUAGGGAGUAGGAGGUAGGUAUGUAGGUGAUGGCGGGGCUUGAGAUGAAAUGAGAUUAUCAGAGCUCAUAAUCAUACUGUUUUUGUAUUCCUUCAGAUGAUAAAAUCUUUUCCUGGCACCUGCUUAGUUGGGCAUUUU